AUGUAUUACUAUUCUGAGUUAACAGUUGCUGACCUCAGAGGUGAUGGCAACAGAGCAAUGUAUUGCAUUUCAAUACAAGGCCUACAAGAUGUCAGCCAUCAGAGAGGCCAAAGCUGCAGUUACCUGGUGACACCUGGAUACAUCCCUACAGAGCAGGAUGUUCUAUGCUCUAAGGCAGGGAUUAUGGGCAUCACGGAAAUUCAGUUUUCCAUCAAGGAUCUCAAUUUCAGGAUGUUUGAUGUGGAGGACCAGUGCUCAGAACAUAAGUUGAUUCCCUAUUUCGAGGGAGUCACCUACAUCAUCUUCAUUGCUGCCCUCAGUGCUUAUGACAUGGUACUCAUGGAGAAUGAUAAAGUGAAGUGCAUGCAUGAGAAUCUGCAUUGAUUCAACAGCAUCUGUAAUCAUUGGUAUUUCGCUACCACUUCCAUUGCACUUUUUUCCAAUGAAAAAGACAUUUUCCAAGAAAAGAUCAAGAAGCUUCAUCUCAGCAUCUGCUUUCCUGAUUAUGAUGGGCUUAAUAUGCCUGAGGACGCAGGUGUCUACAUCAAGGGCCAGUCCCUGAAGAUGAACAUGGGGCGGGAUGUCAAGGAAAUCUACUCACACAUGACCUGCGCAACAGACACACAGAAUGUCAAGUUUGUCUUUGAUGCAGCCACUGACAUUUUCAUAAAAGAGAAUCACAAGAAUUGUGGCCUCUUCUGA